AUGGAGAUUCCGCUGGCCCACACGCAGCCCAUCGAGAAGUUCUUUGUCGAAUACAAUGGCGCCGCCGCAGAGCGGGAGGACGAUGGGCAGCCACGCAAUGAUAAUGAGGUGCUGCUGAUGCAGUUUGCCGAGUACACCGAUGACGACUCCUUUUUUUCGUCGAGCGACACGGUCAUCGAGUGUGACCCGCAGCGCCUGCGCAGCGACCCACUUCGUCGGCGUGCGGUCGUGUCGGUGCAAAACACACUGCAGCUGCGCGCGCUCACCAACGGCAGGGUGCCAGAGGACAUGGUGUGGAACAAUGUCACGCGCACCUCAUGGCUGUACCAGAUCCACAAUCGCGCUAUCGCGCUGCAGCACACCUCCUUCUUUAUCCUCCCUGCUUGCUGGACGCCGCGCGUAAUAGUGUACAACGUCAUGCACCACUGGCUGAUGGAGAUGUUCAUCUUCCUCAUGAUCCUCGGCUACGCCAUCUUCCAGGCGACGUGGGGCCGUUACACCGCCCCUCCUGGAGGCAUGCACAAGCCGGACCACAUUAUCUGGGCUGAUGUGUUCUACACGUGCCUACUGGGCUUUGAGAUCAUCGCGCGCCUCUUCGCAAGCGGCGGCAUUCUGCACAAGCGCGCGUUCUUCCGCUCCCCGUGGCGCUGGCUGGACACGGCGGUGCUCGUGCUGAGCAUCAUGGAGUGCACGUGGUGGCAGGACCUCUGGAACUUCACGGCAUGGCGACUCAUUCGCACCAUCAAGUGCCUCACAUACGUUCCCGCCCCUGUGCGCAUGAAGCUGCUCGCCAAGUCGCUCCUGCGCUCCACGAACCGGCUCAUCUACGUGACCAUUCUGCUCACGUACUUCAUCUUCUUCUUUGGCCUGCUGGGGCUUCAGCUGUUUGUUGGCACGCUACACAGCCGCUGCGUCAACACCCUCACCGGCGCCGUCACGUCGCAGGUGUGCCGGAGCGUGGCGACCGGGCAAUACGGCCUCUACUGGGGCCAUCACUGUGGCGUAUUCUACACCUGCCAGGCGGACGCCUUCCCGAAUCCGCACUACGAUUUCCGCAGCUUCGAUGACGUUGGGCACGCGAUGCUGUCCGUGUUCCAGAUCAUGACGUUUCAGGGCUGGAGCGGGCUGCUGCAAGAAACAAACGACGGGCUGGCGAUGAUGGCGUUCCUCUACUACUUCUUCACCAUUCUCGUCUGCACGUGGAUUGUGCCGUCCUUGUACCUCGGCGUCUUCCUCGAGAAGAUGGACAAGACAAGCCGCCUGUUCGUGCUGAAGCAGCUGGACUUCUUCGAUCAUAUGCUCACAGAGCAGCGCCAGCGCAUGUCGUCCAUGGUGCGCCUGAACGACUACGUCGAGCGCGAUGAAAACGGUCUUGUGUCCCACUACCCAGCCUACACGCUCCAGCAGCAGGAUGGCAAGCGCCUCACCAGCGACGACACCACCAGUGGCACCACAGACGACAAGAACAUGAACGUGCACAGGAUAAAGAGUCACCACCGCUCGAUUCAGGCGACGAAGUGGACAGACGAGCAGCGCAUUCAGUUGCAGCUGGCGCUCACGCGUCAGCGCGACGUCGCCGAGGAGGCAGAGCGCAAGCGUCAGCUGCAGCAGGCAGCCCUCGGCGACCUCAUCGUCGAAGAGGACGGCGCGGGAAAACGGCAGGGUGCCUCUCCAGCCAGGGCAGCGUCCGGGCCGGCAACCCUGACCGAGACGUCCCUGCAGCCCACCAAGGAGCGCAGUGACUUUGCGCUCGGAGGUCGUGUUGGUGCCGUGCAGCACCACCCCGCUGCCUUCGCCAUUGGCGACUCCCACCAGUCGAACCUCCCCUUUGCGGUUCGGCAAGAGGUGCAAGCGGAGCAGCUGCGCUUCCUGGACCCGUACACUAACGGUGCGAGCACCGCGAAGAACGACAUGUACAACUCCGCCGCUGCCUUGCGCACCAAUAUGGACAAGUCGCACACCGCCGUGCCAGGUGGUGGCGCGGAGAGCGCUACCGUCCUGCACAGUCGCCCGGCGAGCAAUGCGCGGCCCUUCACCAAGGCACCGUCGGCGCAGUCGAUGAGUGUCAUGGUGGCCCGCGAGGCUGCCGGCGUGGUGCCGCACCGCCGCUCAAUCUCGGUGCACGGCGGAACGCUGUCGCGCACGUCGAGCAUGAACGGUCGCAGCUCGUUGAACCGCCUGCACGCCUCAAUGACGCAGAUGCCGCAGGCGCCAACGCAGCAGGAGCAGACGGCGUACGUCAUCAACGACCCCGAAGGCGGCGACUUCGACUACGCCAAGACGCUGGGGCAGAAGAUCAACAUCAUCCGCAACAUCGCCCAUAUGUUCACGGAAGGCUAUCCGCGCAUCAUCUCGCAGUACCUUUGGGAGCACCGCAUGAUGCAGCACCGCUACGGGCUGACGCCACUGUCCUACACGAAUAAGUACGAGGAAGAGGCCCUGCGCCGGCUGCGUCAGCGGCGCGCGCAGGAGCGCCGUGAGGAGCGGGAGGAGCUGCGCCGCAACGGCAUGGGGCACCUCAUCGAUGACGACGACGACGAUUCGCUGGCGGAGAAGCAGUGGAUGCGCAAAGAGGGGCUGGUAGCGGGGAGCAUGUCACCCAUCCGCAUGGCGCGCAACAUCCGCGAGAACGCGCCGAUCACCAUCUUCAACUACAUCAUGUACUCUUUCAUCAUCGCCAACGCCGUCUUCAACGCGUCGCGCUUCGACACGAUGCCGGACUACUGGGAGACGGGCACAUUCAUUGCCGGGGUCUGCUUCUCUGUGCUGUUCAUGCUGGAGCUGCUCAUCCGCCUCCUCGCCCUUGGCCCCGGCCCUUUCUUCACGGACAUACUCAUCCUGAUCGAAGCGACGUUCGUGGUCAUCUCGCUCUUCCAGCUCGGGUACACCAGGGCAAACACGACGUCGCUGUUCAACUGGGUGCGCUUCCUGCGGCUCUUCCGCGUCAUACGGUGCCGCCCGCUGCGCCGCGUCUCACGGGUGCUCAUCCACAGCUUCCCUGACAUGGUCUAUGCCCUUGUCUUCUUCACACUGUACAUGUUUAUGUGGCUGUUGCUGGGCAUGAGCUUCUUCGGCAGCCGCAUAGGUUGGAUCGACUACAACACGAGCGACUACACCACCCGUGGCACAUUCGAGACCUUCUCGCAUGCAGCAUACGCCGUGGCGCAGGCCUUCUCGGUGAACAGAGAUCAGUGGCUCUACCUCUCGUGGUCUGGUAUGCGGGUGCGUGGGGGCUACACGGUCAUGUACUUCAUCGCCACUGUCUGCGUCGCCUUCAUCUUCCGCUUCUUCUUCAUUGCGGUCAUGACGUACGCAUGGCAGGCGCAGCAGGAGAAGGAGGACUACUAUUUCAUGUCGGGCAGCAGUCACGGCCGCCAUGGACGCCGCGGUCGCUUCGCGCGGCUGCCAUUCUUCGACUUCAGCGUGUGGCGCUCCUUCAAGCACAUUCACGGCGGCUUCGACCGGCGUGACGUGGCGCCCGACGAGAUCUACUUCCUGAACGAAGACAUGGCGCGCCAGCUGCGUCUCGUGGAGGCCAAGGACCGAUACUACCGCGAGAACUAUGGUCAGAAAAAGAGCGAGUGGGGAGACAUGGGCGAGGGCAGCCAGAUGGGUGGCUCGGACAUGUACGGUCCAGAUGGUGCGCUCGUCAACGGCCCGCAGUACGUCAACAUCGGCGGCCGUCUGUACCGCCAGCCGAGUCUGCCAUCGACGGAGAUGGGCUUCUCGGUGGGCGGAACGCCACAGCACCGUGGGCAACUUCGCUUUGCACGACACUACCACGCCGUGCCAGCCACCACCUACGCCGCCGCGCAGCAGCAGAGGCCGGCGGGCGCACACAACGCAUUACCAGACGAGGUCGAGGUCAGUCGGUCGCUCUCGCGACACAGCCACCGGAGCAUGGUGAACCCGCUGCUGGCCAGUCGCCACAGCCUCUCCCCGGCGCGUCAAGGCACGAGCAUCGGCGGCCCCAGUGUGGCUCGCGUGUCGGACUCCCUCGCAGAGGAACGGGCGAAGAACGCGAACAUCAGCCUGGUACCGCGGCUGACGAAGCUGGGCAAUGCCCGCGCCGUCGUCUCCGGCGACGACGAGGCGACCGCUGACUACAGCACCCCCGAGGGCGGCGUGUCGGACGAAGACUUCGAGCAUCUGCUCCUGCCCGGUCCCCGCCUACGCUACAAGAGCACCAUGGAUGAGGGACGUCGCGUAUUCGAGACUUGUCUGGACUGCAACACGCACAUGCAGAUGCCGCUGCGCGCGCCGCCAGGUGUGGCGCAGCGCACCGCCGAGGAGCUGCACGCGGAGCACUGCCACAUGGCGGCGGUGCGUAGCUCGCAGCAGCUAGUGCUAAACGCGCUGAUCGGGUACGCAAGGAUGCAGGCCGACCACGAGGUGACCCCCACCAAGCGGAUGGUGGAGGUGGUGCUGGGGCAGGCCUGGAGCUGCGGCAUGCUGCUCUUCGACACGAUUGAGAACCUGUCUUGCAUGGACCUGCCAGAGCAGGACCGGACGUGGGACCGCAUGCUGGAGGCGCUGGAGAUGCAACAGUGGCUACUGGGACUGCACGUCGGCGAGGAGCAGGUCGGCCGUGCCACGCUGGCCUACAUCCUGGCGAACCAGCAGAGGCAGGAGGCACAGGUGCAGGGGAAGAGCUACAAGAACACCUGGGAGGACCGUGCCUUCUUUGUGCUCUCGCCCUCGAACCCGGUUCGGCUGGCGGUGUCGACUGUGGUUGGCUCGAUGUGGUUUGAGAUUGCCGUCCUGUGCGUCAUCUAUGCCGCCUCCAUCUGCUUGGCUCUCUAUGCGCCAAGUGAGGAUAAUCGCGACUUUGGCGGCAGCUACAACAGCGCCAAGUACAAGGCGCUGCACAUCCUCGAUGAUAUCUUCUCUAUCAUCUUUGUAGUGGAGAUGGUUCUAAGGUGGAUCAGCAUGGGGGUCGUGCUGCCGGUCGGCCGCGCGUACUUCUGGCACCGGUGGAACAUCUUUGAUUUCUUCAUCGUGAUCAUCUCUCUUGUGUCGUGGGGCAAGCCGGACAUCUUUCUACGCUACCUGAAGGUGAUGCGCUGCUUCCGCGUUCUGGGGCCGCUGCGGUACUGGAAGUGGGGCAGCAGCAGCAUGUCGCACGUGGCGCGCACCAUCUGGGACAGCAUUCCGACCCUGGCAAACGUGUGCCUGCUCAUGCUCAUGAACUACAUUGUGUGGGCCAUCAUCUUCGUCUCCAUGUUCAUGAACAAGUUCAACUACUGCAGCAACGCCAGCAUCGUGAACGGCACGCAGUGCGUCGAGGAGGGGUACACGUGGGCGCCAACCCAGCGCAACUUCCGCAACUUCUACGAGAGCCUGUUGACAACCUUCGAAAUCAGCACCGGGGCGGAGUGGAUAGACGUCAUAUACAGCGCCGUCGACUCCCGCUCAGCGCUGCUGUCGCCGCUGCAGAACCAGCGCCCGUACCUUGGCCUGGUCUUCAUCGCAUACUACUACGUGUCGCACUUCAUCUUCUUCACGCUGUUCAUCUCAGCAGUGAUCUACUGCUACAUGCUCGCCAAGAGCGCCACGGAGGACGCGGUGGGGACGACGAUCGAGCACCAGGUCUGGCUGCGCAUGCAGGGCAUGCUUUUUCGGCUGAAGCCCAAGCCGCAGCUUCUGCCCCUGGACACACGAGCCUCCCGCCUGGUCCACCUCCUGGUUUCGAAUCGCUGGUUCGAGGCGUUCAUGGGGCUCAUUCUUGUCUUCAACAUGCUGACCAUGUCGCUCGAGUGGUACCAGAUGAGCAGCACGCAGAAGACCACGCUGGACGUGUUCCAGUACAUCUGGGUCGGCAUCUUCACCCUCGAGGUGGUUCUGCGUUUCGUCGCGCACGGCCUGCGCUUCUUCACGCGCCGGGCCUACUGCUGGGAUCUUCUGAUCGUUAUCCUCUCCUACAUUCAGAUUGGCCUCAACACCACAGCCGCCAACCAGGUGCCGUUCAACGUGAAUGUGCUGCGCAUGCUGCGAGUGGGUCGGGUGUUGCACCUCGUCCACCUCGCGCUGCCCUUCUCCACCCAUCUGACACUCUUCCACGAGGUCCUGAAGGCGUCGGUGCCGGGGCUCAUCAGCGUCACGUUCGUAUACAUGAUCGCCGUGUACGUCUUCGCAAUAUUGGGCCUGCACUUCUUGGGCUACAUCGUACCCUUCGGCGGCUACAUCGAUGAUAAGUACAACAACUUCGGCACCUUUGUGAACGCGCUCAUCAUGGUGUUUCGACUAUCCACCCUGCAGAACUGGGCGACGAUGCUGCGAGGCAGCUUGGACCGUGGUUACUACUGCACCCGCGCCAGCAAGCGAUGCGGUCCAACGGACUGGGCGCCGGUGUACUACAUUCCCAUUGUCAUCUGCUUCUUCCUUCUGCUAAGUACCAUGUACAUGGCAGUCGUGCUGGACAAGUACGUCGCAGCCGUGCGCAUCCACUCUGCUGUCACCCGUCUCGACGAGCUGCGCCGCUUCUGCCAGCUAUGGUCGAAGAGGGAUCCGAACGGCACCAUGUGGCUGCCAAGCGCGGCGCUACCGGAGCUGCUGGAGGAGCUGCGUCUGCCGCUGGGUGUCAGUGACCGCCGCAACCGCGUUGAGGUAAUGCAGCUGCUGCGGGAGUACAACAUCCCUGACCACAACGGCCGUGUUUACUACUACGAGGUGCUGCUGCCGCUAGCGCGGCGCGUGAUGGCCAUCGCAUUUCUCGAGGCGGACGACGCGCACACGGCCGGCAGCCAGGCCCCGAGAGACAUUGCCUGGCACCUGUCAGAGCGCUCGCUCGGAGCACUGCCGGCAUCCUAUGGCACGGUGCAGCCAAGCAGCGUCACGGUAGCUGAGCAUUACGCAGCCGCCCUCCUGCAGGCCGCUUUCCGCCGGGACCACGCGAUGCGCAACUAUUACAUUGCCAAGUCAGAGCUAUGGCGCCGCGGCAGGGCGGUCUGCGUUGAGCGCGGGCUGCCGCACGGCAACUUCGGGUUUGGCAAGACGCCGCUGGCGGGCCCAGACCCGCGCGAGGAGGGCGUACGCCGUGGCUUCAACAUUCCGAAGGAUGCCACCCUCGCCAACUCGGCCGGCGGCCGUGUCUACGCCGACCCUGUGGCGGUCCGCAUUGCCGCAAUGCGCGAGGCCAUGGGCUCCCAGAAGCGCACCACUGAUCAGGAGCCGCCAACGCUGCUGCCGGCGGUUUACCGCUCUGCGAUUUACCCCGAAGAGAAGCGCUUUGGCCCCAACGCCCCUGGCGCCAUCCGCCGCCACGAGCGUCGCGACGAGAAGCUGGAGCGGAAGCGGGCGCAGGAAGAAUACGAGAGACAGAUGUACGAGCGCAGCAGCCGGAGUUAUCCGGCACGCACGGCUGGCGAGCACAAAGAUAAUGAAACCCUCACUGCCGAGGGCGCAGGCGACGUGGACGUGAGCUUAGCCUAUAGCAAGGGCACCAUGGAGUCGCAUCCCGCGGCCCGCGGAAAUCAAUACAACUUAGAUCCGACGGACGUUAACUACCAGCCUCCUCUCGGCACGAGUCCGGAGGAGCUGCGACAGGAAAAGAUGGACCGUCGCCUCAACGCAGCCGCCACUGCCGCAACGGCCUCGGCGACGCUCAGUGGUAUCUCGCCAUCCACUACUCCCGAGCAGUACUAA